CAGUAGCCGCCGAAAAACACCGGAAAUACGUUAAGAGUCGCUGCACGUGUGUUCUGUCCUGCUACACAAAAUUGAUCUCUUAGUUAUAUCUUUCCCUUAUUUCGAAAAAUGACAAAGGUAAAGAAGGAGAAAACCGUCGAGGAAGAGACCGGGGGAACAGAAAAAUCAUACCAAGAAUUAAUAGCUAAUAUAAACCCCAUCGCAAACCCGCUUGCAUCGCGUAAACUAAGCAAAAAGCUCUACAAAUGCGUCAAGAAAGCUGCUAAAGUUAAACAGAUUCGACGAGGAGUGAAAGAGGUACAGAAGUUUAUCAACAAAGGGGAGACUGGUAUUGUGAUAUUUGCUGGAGACACUCUUCCCAUCGAGGUGUAUUGCCACUUGCCAAUCAUGUGUGAAGACCGAAACCUGGCUUAUGCUUAUGUCCCAUCUAAAGUUGAUUUGGGUUCGUCAGCUGGAUCCAAACGGCCAACCUGUGUUAUCAUGGUCAAACCGCAUGAUGAUUAUAAAGAAGCAUAUGAUGAGUGUUUGGAGGAAGUCACAUCUCUGCCUAAACCAAUCUAAGGACACGUAUAUCCAAUCAUUCUAUUACAAAUGAAUUUGGGAUGGUUGUGGGUGAUUUUGCUUGGUGUUAGUGUGCACCAGUGCAUCUGAAACCCUAUGUGGAUGACUUUAUUUGUUUAUUUGUGAUUCCUUUAUUUGUUUAAAGGAAGCUUCGGUUCAUGUCAUUUGAGUGGAUUGAGCUUGAUUCAGCCUCUUGUUUUACUGUUGAUCUUUGUAAUAUUUUCUGUAUUGAUUGGAUUUUGUUUUUAAGUUGAUCAAUGACUUGAUUUUGGGGCAGUGGACAUCAGAGAGCUCCAAGAAAUGUUAAAAUAAACAUUUUUUUAAUACA